AUCAAGUUGAAAUAGCUAUUAUAUCAUCACGCACAGCCAGUACACGCAUGUGAACCGCUUAUUUUCACUCAUUCAAGGAACCUCCCGGGUAGGUGGGAGUGACGCUCUCGAGUACAAAUAGAUGUGAAUGUCACCACAGGUUGUAAUCCCAGAGUACAUGCCAAUCUAUCCAGUGCAUCUAUCGGGACCCUUCAUGCUCCAUAGUUCAGUUCUCUUGUGCAAAUAAAAAGGCUGAAUAGUCACAGUCAAAGUCAACUUACACGCACGAAAAUUAUUAUCGACUCACUAAUAGAACAAGUGGGGUCGGGCGGGGAGCCUCAACCUCAUCUAAACUCUCUCACGAUCUCAAACAAAACAUCACAUACGCCAAUUGAGGAUCGAUCAAUAGCCAUAUCCAUCGAGGUGUUCAUAUACGGGCACAGUAGUGAGAAAACACCGUCUGCCACAAUGAAGCACCUCAUCCUGGUCGGGGCCUGUUACGUGGACACCGUUCUGAGCGUGCCUCAUUACCCACAAGAAGAUGCAAAGCAACGGGCCUCGAGCCUCGAAAUCCGACGAGGAGGCAAUUGCCCCAACUCGCUCGAGGUGCUCCAGCAGCUUGUCGGGCCACAAGAUGCCCUUCGCAUGCAUUUGGUGUCACCACUUCCGAGCAAGUCAUCGCUCGCUACGCAGCAUAUCAAGGAGUCCUUUGGUGAGUCGUCACCUGUAGACUUCGAGCACUGCCUUUACCGAGAGACGCACACCCAGGCAGCCAGCAGUUACAUCUUUCGUAGCCAGCAGACGGGAAGCCGUACCAUCAUCAACUACAAUGACCUACCAGAAAUGACAGUUGACGAGUUCGAGGCUAUUGUGCGGAGAUUCAAUCCCAGCGAUGAGACCUGGUGGCACUUUGAAGGCCGCAUACCCAAUACUACGUUAGAGUGCGUCCGCAGGCUGCAUGAUAAGCUGCCAAACGCGCAAAUCAGCGUCGAAGUCGAGAAGCCGGGAAGAGACGGGCUUCGAGAACUCGCAGCCGAGGCCAACGUGGUCUUCUAUUCCCGAUCCUGGGCAGAGGUAUGUAGCAUUGCGCCAUGGGGAGCGGAAGAAAGUGGCUUCGGUAGCCCCAACCAUUUCGUAUGCGAGGGGGUCGCAAGCCCAACCGCCAAAGGCAAGGAAGAAGAAGAAGAAGAUAAUAAAAAUGAAAGCGGACAAAACCAGAAAAGGCAUGCAAAGGCUGAGAGAUUAAUGUGCAUAGAGCUGCGGUCAUGGGUCUGCCGAAUCGUGUCUCGUGGACGAGCAACGACGACGGGAAGCGUAAGCGUGCCCUUCUCCAAACGCCCUGCUGCGAAUCUAUUUUGCCUAAUGUUUUUUGCCGCUGAUUCGGACAUGGUCAACUCAUAGCAGCAGUACGAGUAGGUCCCUUGCUCUACUCGUAUGCACUUGGGGUGCGGAUGGAGCCUCCAUGUGCCAGUCGUCUGAGCAGAUCGUCCACUGUCCCGUUGAAAGCCGUGACAAGUCCAUUUCGGUCGUUGAGUAGGUUACCCCAGCGCGAGGUCUCUUUUUCGGGUGCCCCAUGCCGCCCUCCCCAUUUGGCUCGACGGCAUCGCACCUCAACCCUUGGGCUAGUAUUUGCGAGUAGCACGGAGCUUUUGAGGCACUGCAGCAGCUGACACGUCCUUGCCAUUAGCUCGGUGGGAGCGGGUGAUACCUUCGUCGCGGGAAUGCUCUACAGCCUGGUCUGUCGCGACAGAAACU